AUGGAGGUGAAAUUAAGCGUGCAAGAAGUAAUACACAACAUUUUCGAAGAUUAUGACAGUCAAAACAUGCAAAAAAAUCACGAAAAUCACUCAGAAGAACUUGGAAAAGAAGGACAAUGUUUAGUAGAGCCUGGGAUAUCUCGCUUGCUGUAUGGAAGAAGCAUAAAUGCUGGUGUAGUGUACAAUCAGGAAUCGCUAUUAUGGCUUGAAGCGAUUUUUAGACGAUUGGCUAGUCGUAGGGGUAUUCGAAGGCCUCAUUACUCUGAGAUUAGACGCCAUAUACCCGUGGAAAUGUUUAUUGUCUUGACCCGAACACUGGAAAAGGCUCAAAGUCCUAUGUUUAGUGAACCAAGGUGUUAUAUAGCAACAAACGCAAAGGGAAUUGUUGUUUCUUUCACCUCACUCGAAUCUGUGCAAUUAUUUCCCGCAUUGCUAAGCAAAAGAGAAGUUCUCGGCUACCUAGGAAGAAAAUUGUCCAGCAGACGAAAAGAUUAUAUCACCAAAUUGCUGGUAUCCCCCACAAAGGAUUUUGCACUAGCAUACAGUUUUAAAAAGGGACUGUUAAUAAUUUCAUUCUAUUUUGGUGAGUGGAAUGCCCAUGGGUUUCCUCAACACAGCUGCGAACUGUAA